ACACAGAGGCGACCUGAGCACAUUUUACGCGUCAGUCUCCAAAAAAAAAGGUGAACUCGUGCGCACGGCGCUGUUGUUUCCGUCCCAGACCGGGACUAGGGGGGGAAGACGUGACUUUGCUAUACAGAUCGUGUGUUUUUCUCAGAACUACACCAGCAGAACAGUUUUGCCUGACUGUUUCAGGUGACAUGUAUUUGGAUCUUUGGAUUUUGACUUCCUUUGGAAAGUUUUAAGCCCCGGGAUCACCACGGAUCGCUCUUUCCCUCUCUGUCUCAUGUCUGUGCUGAUUUUGUCCUCCUUUAACGUGCACUAUGACGCCCGGAGCGGAGAAAAGACUCGAGUCUCAGCUGAAAAUGUUGGAGUCCAUGAUCAGUGACCAGCGAUCAGACCUCAAUUUGGCGAGUUUGUUGGAUUCUAUAAAUGCAUUGGCCCUUGACCUGAAUCACUCUGCGCUGAGGAAGAACAAAAACAUUGAUGCCUUCCUAAACAGAUAUGAAAAGGCUGUAAACCGUCUGAGGGAACUGCAGGUACGGCCGGAUGAUUUCGACCGUAUCAAAUUAAUCGGCAAAGGAGCCUAUGGAGCGGUGCAAUUGGUGCGGCACAAGAUCUCUAAGAAAGUGUAUGCUAUGAAGAAGCUCAGCAAGUUUGAGAUGAUCAAGCGCUCAGACUCUGCCUUCUUCUGGGAGGAGCGGGACAUCAUGGCCUUCUCAAACAGCCCCUGGAUAGUGCAGCUGUGCUGUGCCUUUCAAGACGAGCGCCACCUCUACUUGGUGAUGGAGUUCAUGGCAGGUGGAGAUUUAGUAACUCUUACCAUGAAUUACGACAUGCCUGAGGAAUGGACACGCUUCUACACAGCUGAGGUGGUGCUGGCACUGGAUGCCAUUCAUUCCAUGGGCUUCAUCCACAGAGACAUCAAACCUGAAAACAUGCUGCUGGACCACAGUGGCCAUCUUAAACUUGCCGAUUUCGGUACAUGCAUGAAGAUGGACAAGUCUGGGAUGGUUCGAUGCGACACAGCUGUUGGAACUCCAGAUUAUAUUUCUCCAGAGGUUCUGAUGUCACAAGGUGGAACUGGUCAUUACGGACGAGAGUGUGAUUGGUGGUCUGUGGGGGUGUUUCUUUAUGAGCUGAUGAUAGGUGAAACACCAUUUUAUGCUGAGUCACUAGUGGGAACUUAUGGCAAGAUCAUGGAUCACAGAAACAGUCUGAACUUUCCAGAUGACAUGGAAAUGUCUAAAGAGGCCAAAGACCUUAUCUGUGCCUUUUUGACUGACAGGGAGGUGAGGCUUGGCCGGACAGGAGUGGAGGAAAUCAAACGUCAUCCCUUCUUCAAGAACGACCAAUGGACCUUCGACACCAUACGAGAUACCAUGGCUCCAGUGGUGCCUGAGUUGAGAAGUGACAUCGACACAAGCAAUUUUGAUGAUAUCGAGGAUGAUAAAGGGGACGUGGAGACUUUCCCACCUCCUCGUGCCUUUGUAGGCAACCAGCUGCCUUUUGUUGGAUUUACCUACUACAGGGAGGACCAGUUGAUGAGAAAGAAAGAAAAAGUUGGAGACGAGUCUGACGUCUGUAUUGACGAUUUAUUAGAAAAAGACGACUAUUCGGAGAGAUCUGAGACUGACGACGUGCAAAGGAAACUGAUUAAGAUAGAAGAGAAGUACAAGCAUGAGAAGCAAGCUAAGGAUGAUCUGGAAAGCAAAUGCAGAAAUGCAAACGAGCGACUAGAUAAACUGUCCAAGGAUCUUGAGGAGGAGAUGAAUGCGAGGCACAGAGCAGAGGAUUCUCUGAGGAAACUGGAGAGAGAGAAGGCCCUGCUGCAGCACCAGAACACAGAGAGCCUGAGGAAGGCUGAACUGGAAGUGGAGCGAAAACGCAGCUUAGAAAAUGAAGUGAGCAGCUUGAAGGAGCAGCUGGCUGAACUGAAGAAGAAGAGCGUUAACUCACAAAUUUCCAAUGAGAAAAAUAUCCAUCUAGAGAGACAGCUGGAGGAAGUGAACGCAAAGCUGCAGGCCGAGGUGGAGGAGUCAGGCCGGGUGAAAAAAGCUCAGGCCGAGGCAGCGAGACAAGCACAGCAGCUGGAGAUUUUACUCAGGGAGCUGCAGGAGCGACUGGCCCAGCUGGAGAGCAGCCGCCUCGGCCUGGAGCAGCACAACCUCAGCCUUCAGAGUGCACUAGAGACUGAGAAGAGGGAGCACAGUCUCAGCUCCGAGACCAUCACAGACCUGCAAGUUCGUGUCUCGGGGCUGGAGGAAGAGCUGAAGCAAGCGAAGAACUUGCUUUCUAAGGCUGAAGGAGAGAAGAGACAGCUACAGGAGGAACUGACUGAUUUGGAGAAGGUAAGGAGUCAGCAAGAGAUCGACCUUACCUUCAAACUCAAAUCUGUUCAGCAGCGAUUAGAGCAAGAGGUAGAGGAGCACAAUGCCGCCAAAACCCGACUUGCUGACCACAGCAAACUCAACCAGUCUAUCGAAGAGGCCAAGUCUGAAGUGCUGAGAGACAUGGAGCGUAAGCUACAGGACGAGCGCUCGGCUAAACAGCAGCUGGAGAGUAAGCUGAUGCAGAUGGAGAAACAUCACUCGGCCCUGGACUGUGAUUAUAAGCAGGCACAGCAUGAGCUCCACGAGCUGCUCUCACACAAGAACAAGCUUACAGAGGAGGUGGAUUUGCUGACUGUGAGAGUGGAGCAGGAAACGCAGCGGCGGAAUCUGUCCCAAGCUGAUCUGAAGGCUCAGAAGCAGGAAGUCAGUAUGUUACGCAUCUCUGAGAAACAACUCAAACAAGAACUCAACCACCUGCUGGAGCUCAAACUCAGCAUUGAGAAACAGAACCAGGAGCUACGCAGGGAGAGAGAAAUAGCUGACACUCAUCUGAAUGAGUUAAAGGAGCAGCUGGAGGCAGAACAGUAUUUCGCAAAACUAUACAAGACUCAGAUCCUAGAGCUGAAAGAAGACCGUGAUGAAAAGACUAAACUCUACCAGGACGCUCAGCGGAGACUAGAAGACCUUCAGGAGGAGAGAGAUUCUCUGGCCGCACAGCUGGAGGCGAGCCUGACGAAGGCCGACUCGGAGCAGCUGGCACGCUCCAUUGCUGAGGAGCAGUACUCAGACCUGGAGAAAGAGAAGAUCAUGAAAGAGCUGGAGAUCAAAGACAUGAUGGCCAGACACCAGCAGGAGCUCAGUGAAAAGGAUAACACUAUCAGUUCGCUCGAGGAGUCUAACCGCACUCUGACCGUGGACGUAGCCAACCUGGCCAGUGAGAAAGAGGAACUCAAUAACCAACUCAAAGACCUUCAACAGCAGCUGGAAAAAGCCAAAGAGGAAGAGAAGCAGGUUGACACCAUGAAACUGUCCUUUGAGAAGCAACUUCAGACUGAGCGAACACUUAAGAUCCAGGCUGUUAACAAGCUAGCAGAGAUAAUGAACAGGAAGGAUUCAGUGCGUAGCGUUCUCCGUGUAGAUGACAGCACUCUGAGGAGGAAGGAGAAGGAAAACAGGAAGCUGCAGCUGGAACUGCGAUCUGAGAAAGAAAAGCUCAACAGUACCAUCAUCAAAUACCAGAAAGAGAUCACUGAGAUGCAGGCUACCAUAACAGAGGAGUCGCAGACACGUCUGGACCUGCAGAUGGCUUUGCACAGCAAGGACAGUGAUAUUGAGCGUCUGCGGAGUCAGUUAACUUCACUUAGCAUCCAUUCUUUAGACACAACUAGCGUCAGCAGUAUGAGCAACGAGCCAGACACUGAUGAGCCUUACCCAGAUGCUAGUCUGGAGGGCUGGUUGUCUCUUCCAAGCAAGAACACCAAGAGGUUUGGAUGGGAUAAAAAGUUUGUGGUGAUGAGCAGCAAGAAGAUCCUGUUCUAUGACUCAGGGGAAGACCGCGAUCUGGCCAAACCGUUCAUGAUCCUGGACAUCGACAAACUCUUCCAUGUCCGACCUGUGACUCAAACAGAUGUAUAUCGUGCAGAUGUUAAAGAAAUCCCUCGCAUUUUCCAGAUCCUGUAUGCCAACGAGGGUGAGAGUAAGAAUCAGGAAGCAGCCGUGGAGCUUUCAGCGACUGAGAGGACAGCCUACAUCUCUUACAAAGGCCAUGAGCUUGUGCCCACACUCUACCACUUCCCCUCCAACUGUGAGGCAUGUGCACGUCCCCUCUGGAACGUCUUUAAGCCCCCUCUAGCUGUGGAGUGCCGUCGCUGCCACGUCAAAUGCCACAAAGACCACCUAGACCUCAAGGAGGAAGUGCUUGCACCCUGCAAAGUGAACUAUGGAACGGCCAAAGAGUUGCUGCUGUUGGCUAGCUCUUCAACUGAGCAGCAGAAAUGGAUCAAUCGUCUUCUUAAGAGAAUCCCACGCAAACCCUCUACUCAGAGUGUUGCAGCACCUCAAGAGCCUUCCUUAAUAACAUUACCCUCACCGCUUUCCUCACCCCGUCUCUCGCCACGAAACUCACCCAAACUCACCACCAGAGGAGCCAUGAGAGUGCAUAGCAAAGGCCCUCCACCCUCCAGCAAGCCCAGCUAACCCUGAUGGAUCCCGGACUGGACUCAGCGUCACGUAGCAGGCACUGCAGUACAACAGACAAUGCAGAAAACAAAGGAAGUGUCAUGAUGACACGUAGUCACAUGGCUAAUCAACACUCUGCUGAAGUUGUUCCUUUAUAUUCAACUUUUACAACAAUAAUAGUGUGAAAGUGUUUCAAAGUAUUAAGACAUGAUGUGUUUUGUUAUGCAGUGUGGCUGUGUGUGAAUGUGCGUGUGAGUGUGUGUGUGUGUGUGUGUGUGUGUGUGUGUGUGUGUGUGUGUUUAGUCAUUUGUAUAUUCUGUCUCUAAAGAAAACGCUCAUGAGGGUUCGUUAGAUACUUUUACAGUCUAAACGUGAUUUGAUGCCUCAGAUAUAGAACAUGGUAUAUAUUGAAAAAACAAACAAAAAAAAACAGCCAUAGCCCGAUAUAGUAAAAUGCACAGAUUUGCUUUAUGCAUCGUCAGUUCAUGACUGGAACCAUGUACAAAGCCAAAUAUGCCAUUCUGAAUAUGCAAUCCAAAUGAUAUUCUUUACCCGUGAUGUAUGUAGUAGAGUAACGACAACAACAAAAUUCCACUUGACUAAAUAUUUAAGCAGGAGACAGAAUUUAAUAGAGAAAAAUAAAUGCUGGAAUUAUGA